AUGGUCAAGAAGCCUCCUGGGACGUCCCAGGACGUCAAGGGCAAAGCCAUAGCCUUACAGAAUGACGAGUCGUCCCCACCACCCGCCUCCGAAGAACGCGCCUCCGAAGAACACGCCUCUGAAGGUGCUGACUCCGGAGAACAUACCUCUGAGGGUGCUGCCCCCGGUCCCGACCCCACCGAAGAGGGAACGGCCACCGACGAUGAGGCCUCCGAUAACACACCGUGGCUCGUGGACACUGCGACGUUCCCCUGCGUUCAGUGCUUCAACUACGGCCAAGGGCACUUGUGCCGCUACGUUGCUGGGCGCAAGAGUUGUGAGCAGUGUCGCAAAGGGAGGUUGAUGUGCAGCGCGCGGUCUGGCGAGUUCGCAGGACUUGACAACGCGAGUUUCAUACGCUUCGUCUGCGAGACUCGGGCAGCUCAGAACAAGGUCACCCGGCGUCUCACCCGACUAGAGGCCUCGUUGGCCCGUGUGCAGGCUCGCGUCUACGAGGCACUCUCUGCCGAUCUCAAAUUGGGCGGACGUGUCGUCAAGGACAACCCGGUGGAGCAGGGAUCCGAUGGGAUAUCGGCACGUCACGACCCCGACAGCCUCGUCCUCGACAUCACCUCGAGGGAGUCGUCGGAGGCGGUCGCAUCCCAGCGCGAAUCCGACAGCGUGAUCGAUGUCGACGCGAUGUCUGACGUCCCCGUUGUCAAGACCAAGCCUCCGGUGGAGGAGUCUGACAGGGUUAUCGCGAUCAAGAAGGAGCCCGGG